GCGGCUGGCCCGCCACCUUCUGGGUGUUGUAGUCUUAACAUCUCACCGUUCCUUUGCGGCCCUGCGGAGUGGGCCGACUCAGAGGACUACAUUUCCCGGCACGCUCCCCUUCCUCCAGAGCGCCGGGCCGCGGCAGCCAUUUUGUUCCGCCCGAGCGGUCCCUGAGAUGGCGGCAGGGGAGACGGUGAAGGUUGCCGCCGGCCCCUCCGGGCUCUAGUCCACCGUCUCCCCGCGCCCCGGCGGCCGGCCCAUGGCCUGGCGGAGGCCCGCACCAUGGACCUCCGCAGCGCCGUGUACAAGGCGGCCCGCGACGGCAAGCUGCAGCUGCUUCAGAAGCUGCUCAGCGGCCGGAGCCGGGAGGAGCUGGAGGAGCUGACGGGCGAGGUGGCGGGCGAGGGGACGCCGCUGCUCAUCGCCGCGCGCUACGGCCACCUGGACGUGGUCGAGUACCUGGUGGACCGGUGCGGCGCGAGCGUGGAGGCGGGCGGCUCGGUGCACUUCGAUGGCGAGACCAUCGAGGGCGCGCCGCCGCUCUGGGCCGCCUCGGCCGCCGGCCACCUGGACGUGGUGCGGAGCCUGCUGCGCCGCGGGGCCUCGGUGAACCGCACCACGCGCACCAACUCGACGCCGCUGCGCGCCGCCUGCUUCGACGGCCACCUGGAGGUGGUGCGCUACCUGGUGGGCGAGCACCAGGCCGACCUGGAGGUGGCCAACCGGCACGGCCACACGUGCCUCAUGAUCUCCUGCUACAAGGGCCACCGCGAGAUCGCGCGCUACCUGCUGGAGCAGGGUGCCCAGGUGAACCGGCGCAGCGCCAAGGGCAACACGGCCCUGCACGACUGCGCCGAGUCCGGCAGCCUGGAGAUCCUGCAGCUGCUGCUGGGCUGCAACGCCCGCAUGGAGCGCGACGGCUACGGCAUGACCCCGCUGCUGGCGGCCAGCGUGACGGGCCACACCAACAUCGUGGAGUACCUCAUCCAGGAGCAGCCUGCCGGUGAGGAGGUGGCGCCGGCGCUCUCGUGCAGCCGCCCCGGAGGCGCACAGCCCCGGCGCAGCCUCGCCUGCAGCAGCCCCUCCCCGGAGGAGCCUCCUAGCGCCGAAUCUUACGAGAGCUGCUGCCCCACCAGUCGGGAGGCAGCCGUGGAAGCCUUGGAGUUGCUGGGAGCCACCUACGUGGAUAAGAAGCGGGAUCUGCUGGGCGCCAUGAAACACUGGAGACGCGCCAUGGAGCUGCGGCACCAGGGCGGGGAGUAUCUGCCCAAACCAGAGCCCGCGCAGCUGGUCCUGGCCUACGACUAUUCCAAGGAGGUCAACACCACCGAGGAAUUGGAAGCGCUCAUCACCGACCCGGACGAGAUGCGUAUGCAGGCCCUGUUGAUCCGGGAGCGCAUCCUGGGUCCGUCUCACCCAGACACUUCGUAUUACAUCCGUUACCGGGGCGCGGUGUACGCGGACUCUGGCAAUUUUGAGCGCUGCAUCCGGUUGUGGAAGUACGCCCUGGACAUGCAGCAGAACAACCUGGAGCCUCUGAGCCCCAUGACUGCCAGCAGCUUCCUGUCCUUUGCCGAACUCUUCUCUUAUGUGCUCCAGGACCGUGCGGCCGUGGCCAAGGGCGGCCUGGGCACACAAAUCGGCUUUGCAGACCUCAUGGGGGUGCUGUGUAAAGGGGUGCGGGAAGUGGAGCGGGCCCUGCAGCUGCCCAAGGAGCCCGGAGACUCAGCCCAGUUCACCAAGGCCCUGGCCAUCAUCCUCCACCUGCUCUAUCUGUUGGAGAAAGUAGAAUGCACACCCGACCAGGAGCACCUAAAGCACCAGACCGUCUACCGGCUGCUCAAGUGUGCCCCCCGGGGCAAGAACGGCUUCACCCCCUUGCACAUGGCCGUGGACAAGGAGACCAAGAACGUAGGCCGCUACCCAGUGGGUAUAUUCCCCUCCCUCCAGGUGGUCAAGGUCCUGCUCGACUGUGGGGCAGACCCAGACAGCCGGGACUUUGACAACAACACCCCGCUGCACAUCGCGGCCCAGAACAACUGUCCGGUGAUCAUGAACGCCCUGAUCCAGCGGGGGGCCCACAUGGACGCCACCAAUGCCUUCAAGAAGACGGCCUACGAGCUGCUAGAUGAGAAGCUGCUGGCUAAAAGCACCAUUCAGCCCUUCAACUACAUCACCCUGCAGUGCCUUGCGGCCCGCGCCCUGGACAAAAACAAGAUCCCCUACAAGGGCUUCAUCCCUGAGGAGCUGGAGGCGUUCAUCGAGCUGCACUGACAGGGUCCUGAAGGGGGAAACCGGGAGGGAUGUAGCCCACACUGAUCCUCGCCCUCUCUCGGUGAUGUGUCAGGUGGCAUAAAACAGGAGAAGGGCUCUCCUGCCUCCACGGCCCUUCCUCUCUGCAGAGAGAGGGAAAGGAGUUAGCAAGCUGUUGGUGCUAGAAGCCUUCAGGAUCUCAUGUUCGGGAAACUGUCUUUCUCCAGGAGCACGCGCUAAUCCUUAAUUGGGAGAAGCCGCAUGACCUUCCACGCAUCCCAUCUGCCUGGGUUUUGGAGAAUUUUGCCUUCUUACCUAGAGGCAGAGGGAUCGAAGCCAUUGCCUUCCUCCCCUAUUAGAAACGAGAAGAAGCUGAGAAUGGAGUCCGUCCUCCUUCGCCCCUUACAUGGCUGGAUAAACCCAGCCACCGAAUGCAGUGUUAGGACUGGGGCCUCCCAAGGUGGAAAGUUGGAGGCUCAAGAAGCCAGACCAGCUCUCACUUCUUCCAGCACCGUUGUGCCCGGCUCUCUCCCUUGUUGCCGUGGUCACAGCCACGUGGGCAGGGCUCUCUGCCCAGGGCAGCCUGCCACUUACAUAGCUUUCAGCUGGUUUGGUGUUCUGUUUACCUGAUAAGUGGGCAGGUUACAGGCAUUGCACAGGAGUCCUGAGGUCUUGCUGCCAUAUUUUUCUUUUUAAAGAAUUUUGUCAGGUUUAAGCUAAUUUCACAUAGCAAGGGUUUGUUGUGCCUGAGAUGGCUAAAGCCAUCAGGAGUGAGCUUUAUUGCGUGAAGAAUCUGGUGAGGGAGGUACAAGUCUGUAGUACCGGUCCCUAAAACACAGGUGACUACAUUUCUUGAAACUUCACCUGGGCCUCCCAACUUCCAUUCUCGUUAGAAAGAGGAGAAUUUUUCCAAAGAAGGAUCAGGCCAAACACCAAAGGAGCCGAGCUUGAUGCCAGUUUCCCACAGAGCUAGCAUGAUUGGUUUGGGGUUUGGUUCGCACAGUCUCUGAGUUAAAACUGCAGGCUGCUUCAGCCUCGCACGUCGCUUACAAGUGCACGGUUUCGCGUUGGCGUAUCCAACCCAAGUGGCUGUAGCCACUUUUCUUUAGCUGCUCAAGGACCCGAAUCCAGGUCUUCCUGAGAAGAGCCCAAGGACAAGGUUAACUCAAUAACUGAGCUAGAUGGGACAGCGAAUGUAGAGAACAGGGUUCUGACUAAGGUGGUACAAGCUCUUGGUUUCCUGUCACUCGGGUAUAAAGGGCCCAGGCUGGAGAACCUGCCGCGGUGAGAUUUUCCCCUGGAGUGAUCCUUUGUCAGCCCUGGCAGGCCGCAGGAGACUGUUCUCGGCCUGCUCGGAGAGCCACGAAUAGCAGAAGGGGCUGGAGGCAGCUGCCCCCACAGCUCAGGAGGAGGGUCACGUUCAGGACGGCGGCAUUUACACCCCACGCCUCUCACACAGCCUCACCGAGUGGCAGCCACACAGAGGCCCUCUGAGGCCACAGCGGGUCCCCGGAUGUCCCGCUGUCGGAGGAAAUUAGGUCUCGUUUGGAUUUGCAGUGUUAGUUAGGACGUUAUUUAUUUACAAGACCAGGUUUUACCUCCCAUAGAGGCGGGAACGCAGGCACUGUCCCUCCCAAAGCACGGAAUAAAGCAAUGAAGCAGUUUAAA